AUGACCUCCAGCUACGGGCACGUUCUGGAGCGGCAACCGGCGCUGGGCGGCCGCUUGGACAGCCCGGGCAACCUCGACACCCUGCAGGCGAAAAAGAACUUCUCCGUCAGUCACCUGCUAGACCUGGAGGAAGCCGGGGACAUGGUGGCGGCGCAGGCGGACGAGAGCGUGGGCGAGGCCGGCCGAAGCCUACUGGAGUCGCCGGGACUCACCAGCGGCAGCGACACCCCACAGCAGGACAAUGAUCAGCUGAACUCCGAGGAAAAGAAAAAGAGAAAGCAGCGGAGGAACAGGACGACGUUCAACAGCAGCCAGCUGCAGGCUCUGGAGCGCGUCUUUGAGCGGACACACUACCCAGACGCCUUCGUGCGAGAGGACCUUGCCCGCCGGGUGAACCUCACCGAGGCCAGAGUGCAGGUGUGGUUUCAGAACCGAAGAGCCAAAUUCCGCAGGAAUGAGAGAGCCAUGCUGGCCAAUAAAAACGCUUCCCUCCUCAAAUCCUACUCAGGGGACGUGACUGCUGUGGAGCAGCCCAUCGUACCUCGUCCUGCUCCACGACCCACCGAUUAUCUCUCCUGGGGGACAGCCUCUCCGUACAGCGCCAUGGCUACUUACUCUGCCACAUGUGCCAACAAUAGCCCUGCACAGGGCAUCAACAUGGCCAACAGCAUUGCCAACCUGAGACUGAAGGCCAAGGAAUAUAGUUUACAGAGGAACCAGGUGCCAACAGUCAACUGAGGAAAAAAAAAAUAAUUAAACAGGCCUAAGAAGAAAUCAAAAACCAUAAGACACCUAUCCUGCUCUGUCAUUUCUUCAUCUGCUGGAAAAAAUAAAUAAAAACAAACAAACAAACAAACAAAAAACCUGAACUAAAAUAUUGGGACCAUGGCAGAGAAAAGCAGGAGAGGAGCAAAAUGAAAAUUAGUUAACCAAUGUUUCUCCUCCCUCUGAGAUACCACCACCACUUGUUUCUGCGUGUGUUAAUUUUGUUUUUCCUUCUACUCAUGCGCUUUGCUUUAAUAUACUCCAAGCUUCUUCAGUUAGGUUCAGCCCACCCACUCCCAUGAUCAUAUGGGUUUACAAAAAAAAAAAAACAAACCCUACAGCAGCCAAAGAAACCAUAUAUAUAGUCAGAAUCAUUGUCUAGCGUCUCCUCAGUGACCUGUUUGAACCUCAGUGCCUUGCCCUAUCCUUCUUCCCAGUUCUCUGUAUAAAAACUCUAGGAACUUCUGAAAAGCCGAAGUCUUUCUGAAGAAUCUGUGCCAGAUAUGAUUUCCUGUCUCAUUGUCUCCAUGUCUGUCAGUCAUGGUAAGGUUUUUCCAUCAGCUACUGUUAAGAAAGCAAUUACGUACAACAUCUGGUCACUGGCUUGUCUGAUCCAAUGUGAUUGGCCGUGUCUGGCUAAUUCUAAGCUCUAAGCUGUAGAUCUAAGCUCUCCAUAUAAGCUAUAGAUUUAAGCUCUAAGCUGUAGAUGAUAAUAUCACCAUCACCACCACCCCUCACCCCCAUCCAAGCAAUCAGCCAUCUUAAGUUAAAGAUAUUUGUUGUUUUUGAAUGAUUUGCUGUCACGGGCUUGACACUUGAGAGAGGGAGAGACAUUUCUUUAGGAAAACAAAGACUGAGUUGUGAAAGGCAUGGCCAAUAUCUCUUUAGUGCCUUAAGAAUAGUCAG